GGCUCGAAACGAAAGCAAAAUGUUAACUCUUCUCCUACUCUCAGUGGUGUCGAUCAUAUUUAUACAUCAGUCAUAUAAAUAUGUAUUUGGUCGUCCUGCAGGAUUUCCGCCGGGUCCUCCACGUUUGCCCUUUUUCGGAAGCUAUCUAUUCUUGCUGCUGAUCAAUUAUAAAUACCUACACAAGGCAGCUCUAUCACUCAGCAAGUGGUACAAGUCGGACAUUAUUGGUCUAUAUGUGGGCAAAUAUCCAGUCGCCGUGGUGCACAACGGAGAAGGCGUACGCGAGAUCUUAAAUAAUCAAGCUUACGAUGGACGACCCUGUCUCUUUUUGGGUAAAAUGCGAGAUUCAGGCGAUUGUGUACGAGGCAUAUUCUUCCAGGAGGGAGUUCUGUGGAAGGAACAGCGGCGCUUCAUUCUACGUUAUCUGCGUGACUUUGGAUUUGGUCGUCGCUUCGAUCAGUUGGAGCUGAUCAUCAAGGAGGAGAUUACCGACAUGCUAGAUCUCAUACGCAACGGUCCACGCUACGAGCAUGAGCAUCAGCUGGUCAAGCCCGGCGGAUAUAGAAUACAAUUGCCGCUGUUUUUCAAUCCCUUCUCAGCCAAUAGUCACUUUAGCAUUGUCUACAACGAACGAGUCCCCAGGGCUGAAAUGGCCAGGCUACUGAAACUUGUUCAAUUGGGCAUACAAUUUCAACGCAAUGCCGAUGACUAUGGAAGAUUGUUGAGCAUUAUGCCUUGGAUUCGACAUAUCUGGCCCGAGGCUAGCGGAUAUAACAAACUGAAUGAGGCGAACUUGUAUAUAUAUCAAUACUUUUCGGAAUUUAUCGAUCGCCACAUAGAUAGCUACGACGAAUGCUGCGAACGCAACUUCCUUGAUCUCUACAUAACCCAAAUGAAAAAGGAUCUACCCAAGGAAUACGGCUUCAAUCGCAAUCAGUUCAUCAUGGCUCUUAUCGAUUUCUCAUUUCCCGCAUUCACAGCAGUCGGUGUUCAAUUAUCGCUCAUUGUGCAGUAUCUAAUGCUGUACCCCGAAGUCACGAAGCGCAUACAACGCGAGAUCGAUGAGGUGGUGGGUUGUGGUCGUUUACCCAAUUUGGAGGAUCGUCAAAGGAUGCCCUACACGGAAGCUACGAUACGCGAGACUAUGCGAAUCGAGACUUUGGUGCCUUCUGAUGUGCCACACAAAGCUCUAGAGGACACUGAACUAAUGGGCUAUCGUAUACCCAAAGACACCAUAGUUGUUCCCAGCCUAUUUGCCAUGCACUCGGACAAGCGGAUUUGGUCGGAUCCCGAUAAUUUCCGACCCGAUCGUUUUCUGGACGAUCAAGGCAAUUUGUGCCUCAAGAAGGACUUGUCCCUGCCCUUUGGCGCUGGCAAACGAUUGUGUGCCGGCGAGACCUUUGCACGGAAUAUGCUCUUCCUAAUGACCACAGCCAUGUUGCAGAACUUUGACUAUGUUCUAGCCCCAGGAGAUAGCUUACCUGAUCUCUCCAAAAAUUUCAAUGGCCUGAUCAUAUCACCUCCAGAUUUCUGGGUGCAACUUAAAGAGCGAUAGCCUUUGUAACAUUUUUUU